AUGCAGACCCAAAACCCCUGCCUUUCUAAAACCCUAAACCUUCCUCUUCUCGUUGUCGUUCCGCCCUCCUCAUCUUCCAGUUUCUUCAAUCCUCAUCAUCAACCUAUUCACUCAAUCGAACCUUCUUUCACGAUCCAAAAAUCCCUCCAAAUCAGCUGCAAAAACCCGGCUCCAAAUUCCUGUCGCCAGAAUGCUACCCGCCGGCUCGACUUCAGAACAUUUGCUGGCAGGAGCAAAGGGAAUACAGGAGGGAACGGGUCUGGGUUCGUCGACGCCAACGCUCACCUCCUUCGAGAAGCAAGACGGGAAGCUCGAAAAAGAAACAAGAAAUAUGUCGAGGGUUUAUUUUAUAGGCUGAAAAAUCCUCACAAGAACUAUCCGGAUAAUUUCACCGAGGAUGAGCUUGAAAUGAUGGGUUUGGGGUACGAUAGGAUGGUUAGGUUUAUGGAACAAGAUGACCCGAAUCUUAAGCACCCUCACGAUUGGUACAAGUAUGGCGAAUUUGGGCCUUAUUCCUGGCGUGGGGUUGUUUUGGGCGAGCCAAUUCGCGGACGGUUCACCGAUGAGUGUGUGACGAUGAUGGGAGAAGUUCGGAAUCUAGAGGAGUGGGAGAAGAUUGAGCAGUUCGAAAUGGCACGAGAUUUCCAAACGUGGCUGGAUAAAUUGAACCCAGAUGUGAGAUUGAGGUACUUUUGGGUGUUUGUUAGGCAUCCCAGGUGGAGGGUUUCGGAAUUGCCUUGGCAACAAUGGACAUUGGUGAGUGAAGUUGUCCUUGAAGCAGGGGAUCAGAGAUUGGACAAGUGGAAUUUGAUGGGGAGGCUUGGGAACAAGUCCAGGUCGAUGAUCACGCAAUGUGCAGCUUGGAUGAGGCCUGACAUAAUUUACGUGAAGAGGCCGGUGUUUCAGUGUCGGUUUGAGCCUCAGGACAACUUCUUCCAGGCGCUGACCCCGUUUCUUGAUCCGGAGACUGAGAAAGAUUACUUAUUUGAGCUGGUGAAUGAUGAAGGGAGGUUGGAAUUCUGUACUUAUUAUGGUGGAUUGUGUAGGCUCGUGAAGGUGAGUCAGAAGGCGUUUGUGGAUGACGUUGCGAAUGCUUUCGAGAAACUGAGUGACGAGAAGAAAUCCAAGUGCUUAGAGUUUUUGUUGAGCAACCAUCCGGUGCAGAUAUUGCAUCCGUAUACCCAAGAGUGGAAGGCGAAGUUGGAGGAAAUGGAGUUGGGAUGUGAUGCCCCUGAUGAGGAUGAUGGCGAUCGCGGUAGCAUUGAUGGGAAAGGUGAAAUAAUUGACUGGAUUGAGGAUGAUGGUAGAAGUGACCUAGAGGAGGAUGAAGAUGAUGAUGAUGCCAUUUUGGAUGCAGAUGUUGAUAAUGACGAGGAACUGGGCAUCAGGGAAGAUGAAGAGGAACUGAGCCCAGAAGAGAAUCCUAACUACUGGGAGGAGGAAUUCAAGAAGGCGUUAAAUAGUAACGAAGCCAUGGAAAAUUUUGCGAAACGUUCUAUGGAGGCGAAGGAGAGACAGUUUGGAAAGCAGCAGGCCAGAGAAAUGGAAGUAAGGGCUAAUGAAGAUGGGGAUGAAUUGGUGAUGAGGAGUCAAAGGGCAAAAGUGAAACCAGAGGAAUGGAGAUCUCUUGGUUAUGGUCCAUUUAGGAAGAGGGUCAAGAAGAGCAAAGCUCCUCCUGGUCAGUUCUUACGAGCAGCUGUUCGUCCAUUUACAUAUAGAAAUCUAGUAAAAGAAAUUGCUCUGACUAGACAUGCCAUCUUAGAUGGUGAGGUUGUGACUAAGAAGUGA